AUGGACACCGCGACAUGGAGCACUUCUCUCUCUACCCGGAUUGAGUGGCGUAAUUACCCGGCUAGCGACCGCGAGGCCUUCGUAGAUGCCAUCUCGUGCCUGACCAAGAAGCCCUCGGCCGGCGAGCACUUCGCCCCCUCUCAGAGCCGUUGGGAAGACCUCGCGAAAACCCACCAGAUCCUUACGCACGCUGUUCACGGCAACGAAAUCUUCCUUCCUUGGCACCGUGCCUUCGUUUCGACUUUCGAGGCCCUACUACGCAACGAGUGCGGAUUCGACAGGCCCCUGUCAUGGUGGGAUGAGACUCUCGAUGCGGGCAAGUUCAACGAGAGCAGCAUUUUCACUCCUGAGUAUUUUGGCUCGCUGCCCGAAGCAGUCGACGACGACAACGAUAAGUUCUGUGUCACCGACGGCAAAUUUGCCAACCAGACCUGCAAUAUUGGACCGGGAGGGGACAACAACACUGUCCACUGUCUGUCGCGCGCGGGUAAUGAAACGAUCUCUGGAGAGAUCACCACGGAUUACAUCAAGUUAUGUUCGCAAAUAGAUCGCAUCCGCCAGUUUACCGGCUGCCUGGAGACUGGAACCCACGCUUCCGGCCACAACGGCAUCGGCGCCGUCAUGGGAGACGUCUGGGCUGCGCCCGAGGACCCCGCCUUCUUCAUGCACCAUCUUUUCGUCGACGCACAAUACGCAUCGUGGCAGGAGGGCGGGAACGGCACGCGUAAGAGCGCCGCCAGUCUCGCGGGCGGCUGUGCCGACUGGAGCUACCCCUGCACCAACCCCCUGAAGAUGGAUACUGUCCUGAGCCUCAACGGCCUCGUGCCCGCGAACUUGACCUUGGGGGAUGUCAUCGAUACGCGCUCCGGCUCGCUGUGCUACGAAUAUGACUACUACUUCUAA